AUGAUCACUAAAUCAUUGUUGGUGCUGGGUGCUGCCAUUCCUGCCCUGGCAGGUUCCUCGGCCAAGCGCCAAAGCGCAUCCCUUGAUGCAUGCCCUGGUUACACUGCGAGCAACAUCCAAAACGACGGCUCCAAGGUCACGGCUAACCUUGCACUUGCUGGGACAGCAUGCAAUGUGUAUGGCGAUGAUUUGACAGAUCUGCGACUCGAAGUCGAGUAUCAGACAGAGGAGAGGUUGCAUGUCAAGAUCUUCGACGCUGCUGAGCAAGUCUACCAGAUCCAAGAAUCUGUUUGGCCACGACCAUCUAGCCAAGGCGUCAAUCCAGAGGACUCUGUUCUGGCAUUCUCCUGGACCGACAGCCCGUUCUCUUUCGCCAUCAAGCGGAAAGCAACAAAUGAGACGCUGUUCGACACCUCAGCUGCCAGUCUCGUCUUCGAGACACAAUACCUCCGCUUGAGGACAUCCUUAGCCGACUCUCCAAAUCUUUACGGUCUUGGCGAACACACUGACCCAUUUCAUCUCAAUACUACCAACUAUACUAGCACUCUGUGGAAUCGUGAUGCAUACGGUACCCCGACGGGAACGAACCUGUAUGGAUCUCACCCAGUCUAUUUUGACCACAGGGGCGAGAAUGGGACUCAUGGUGUCUUUUUGGCCAGCUCCGAGGGUAUGGACAUCAAGAUUGACGACAGUGAGGGCACGUACCUUGAGUACAACGCUCUCGGUGGUAUCGUAGAUCUCUACUUCUUGGCCGGCCCCAGUCCUAAAGAAGUCGCCAUGCAGUACUCUGCGCUUUCGGGUCUUCCUGCCAUGAUGCCCUACUGGGGGUUCGGAUCUCAUCAGUGCAAGUAUGGUUACCGUGAUAUUUGGCAGGUUGCCGAAGUCGUAGCUAACUACUCUGCUGCUGAAAUCCCUCUCGAGACAAUGUGGACUGACAUCGACUACAUGGAGCUUCGUCGCCUGUUUACUUUGGACCCUGAGCGUUACCCACUUGACCUCGUGCGCCAACUUGUGGGUUACCUCCAUGCUCACCAACAGCAUUACAUUGUCAUGGUUAACUCCGCCAUCUGGAGCGGUGAGGGAGAUGUCUACAACGAUGGUGCUGAGCUCGAAGUGUGGCAAAAGAGGGCUAACGGUUCUUUUUACGAGGGUGCCGUUUGGCCUGGCCCCACUGUAUUCCCCGAUUGGUUCCACCCAAACACUCAAGAGUACUGGGACGGCAAGUUUGAGAGUUUCUUCGAUCCGGAGACUGGCGUCGACAUUGAUGGCCUAUGGAACGACAUGAACGAACCUGCCAACUUCUGCCCUUACCCUUGCCCUGAUCCCGACGCGUACUCCGUAGAAUCAAAGAACCCUCCGGAGCCUCCGCGGGUUCGCAUCAAUGCCGAUGGUCGUGAGAUUCCUGGCUUCCCUGCUAGCUUUCAGCCUCAGUCUGGUUCAAACUCUACCCGACGCUCGCUUGCCUCACGCACAGCCACAUCUGCUUCCGUUAAGCGCUUUAGUGCUAAACGACAGGCCUCCAAUAAUUCUUCAGAACUUGCCAGGCAUUUGGGUCUCCCAGGCCGUGAUUUGAUCAACCCUGGCUACCAGAUCAUGAACGCCGCAGGCUCAAUCAGCAAUAAGACAAUGGACACUGACAUUCAAAACUACGAUGGUACUUACCACUAUGAUACCCACAACUUUUGGGGAGCUAUGAUGUCUAUUGCUUCACAAAAGUCCAUGCUGGCUCGUCGCCCCGCAUCUCGGCCAUUCGUCAUUACACGAUCAACUUUCCCUGGUCUUGGACGUUAUGUCGGCAAAUGGCUUGGUGACAAUGUCAGUUUGUGGGAACAGUACCGCUUCAGUAUUGCCGGCAUCCUGAACUUCAACUCCAUCUUCCAGAUUCCCAUGGUUGGUCCUGAUAUUUGUGGUUUCGCAGGCAACACCACGGAGACCCUCUGUGCUCGCUGGGCCACUCUUGGCGCCUUCUACCCUUUCAUGCGUAAUCACGCUGGCGACACUUCUAUCGAUCAGGAGUACUACAGGUGGCCCCAAUCGGCAGCCGCCGCACGCAAGGUCAUUCCCGUCCGUUACCGCCUCCUGGACUACUUCUACACCGCCUUCCACCGUCAAACUAUCAGCGGUGCUCCAUCUCUCAACCCUCUUUUCUACCACUACCCGGACGACAAGAACACCUUCACCAUUGAUCACCAAUUCUUCUACGGCGACGACAUCCUCGUGUCUCCCGUGCUCGAGGAGAACAGCACAAGCGUCAGCAUCUACCUUCCCAACGAGACAUUUUAUGACUUCUGGACCCUCCAGAAGGUUCAAGGAAUAGGCUCAUACAUCAACCUAACUGAAGUCGGUUUCGACACCAUUCCUCUACACAUCAGGGGUGGCGCUAUCCUGCCCCUCCGCGAGGACUCAGCAAACACCACGACCGAGCUGCGCAAAAAGAACUUUGUCCUCUGGAUCGCACCCAAUGCUACCAACCAAGCGUAUGGAACACUGUACCUUGAUGACGGUGACAGUAUUGAGCAGGAUGGCGUUUCUAACAUCGAGUUCCUUUACGAUAAUGGUCGGUUCAGCAUGUCGGGUGAAUUUGGCUACGCGACUGAGCUGGUCGUAAGUAACAUUACUGUGCUGGGCACGAAUCAGACGGCGCAGGGUCCUGUGCCACUGAGUGGAGCCUACAGUCAUAAAUUCGGGGCUGGAUCGGGCCCUGAGUUUGAAGGUGCUGCUGCUGGCCGUACGCAGGUUGGUGUUGGUGCGAUUGUUGCGGCUGUUGCAGGUAUAUUUAUGUAUGUUUAUUAA